AUCGACCGCCGCCCACCCACACAAUAUGACGACCAUCACAGACAUCCAGUCCAAGGCCCAGCUUGAUGCUCUGCUCGAGCAACGGAAAGACAGCCUCGUCGUGAUUGAUUUUCACGCAACCUGGUGCGGACCCUGCCAUGCCAUCGCUCCCCGCUUCAACGAGCUCAGCCGCGAGUUCACGAGCGCUGCCUUCGUGCGUGUCGACGUCGACCAGGUGCCCGAGGUGGCGCAGCAGUACUCCGUCAGCGCGAUGCCGACGUUUUUGUUCAUCAGGAACAAGGGCGUGGUCGCCACGUUGAAGGGAGCGAUGCCUAAGCAGCUCGAAGAUCUCGUCCUCGCUCACAGUCAAGCGCCUGCAGCCGCGUCUUCCUCUGCUGCUGCUGCUUCCUCCAGCUCUGGCUCAAAUGGCGCUUCAUCCGACCCAUCACUGCUCGAGCAUCUCGACCUGAGCCAAGUCAACUGUCUCAACGAAGCCGCAACCCAUACCCUCAAAGGCAUUGUCUCACAAAAGAAGUUUAACACCACCAAAGAAUUUUUGUUGAGCGACGCCGAUGAGCAGCUCCUCUUGAACAUCGAGUUCAACCAGGUGGUCCGGGUGCGCUCAAUUGUCAUCCAGUCCUCAAUCCUUGCCCAAGCACCAAAGAGCAUCAAGCUGUUUGUGAAUCGGCCGUCGCUCGGGUUCGACGAUGUCGAAGAUGCCCAGGAACCCGAAGCCGCUCAGGUAUUGGAACUCACAGAGGAGCAGGUCAAAGAAGGGAAGCCUAUUCAGUUGAGAUUCGUGCGGUUCCAGGCAGUCAACAGUCUUCAUAUUUUCGUGGCAUCAAACCAAGGUGGAGAAGAUGAGACGCGCAUCGACGCUGUCGACGUUUUUGGUAUUCUUUCGGGCGUUACGAGAGACCUUAGUGGCCUGAGGAAAACAGAUGACUAGUGGAUGUAUAUGACACCUUUGUAUUUGAUAGUCUUGUUUUGAUCUAUAGAGAAAUGUCAAGAUGACCGGCUAUGCUU